AUGGGUGUCGGUUCGAAAGCCACCGCUGUUGCUCGAAUAAAUAAAUACACCGUUUUUAUCGAAGUUACUAGCCGCGUACAGUUUCUACUUAACAACGCGAACAAGUCAACGUCGGACGAAUAUAAAAAUAUCGAAGUGAGAAAACUCAGGCCCCCCGGGAAUCUGGCGGCCGGGUGGGAAGGGGGGCAUAGCCCUCCCCGGAUACUCCCACCCCCCCCCUCUUUAUCCGGGCUUGGCGGCGGCGGACGUUCAGCUUGUAUUUAUUUCGCGGCGCACCGCAGGGUUCGUGCCGGCGUCCCGGCCACGGUGGCCGUCACGUGCCUGUUGGCCGACACGCGCGACGCCCGGAUGACGCCCUUACCCGUGUCUGUCGGUUCAGGAACAAGGAAAACCGGGCGGCGUGCAGAACGCCGUCGACUUGUGCGUGGACCCGCUGGGCGCGCUGUGGGUGUUGGACACGGGCGUCGUGCAGACGUCGGACACGGACGCCGGGCCGCGGAAGACGGGGCCGGCCGCCGUGUGGGCCUUCGACCUGACCACUCGGAAGGUGCGAACUCGCACAAUACCGAUUUCGACGUAUUAUCAGUAACGCGUGUACGGCCGUGCCGCGGGCCCCUCGCGAUUUUCACCGUAUUGACGUAUCCCCCCACGCGGGAACGACCGAACUCUCGUUGUUACGGUCGCCGUGGUACGACAGUGUCGGGGUGUCGUCGCGCAUUGGUCAACCGGACGUGCCGCUGUGCGACGCGCGUUAGGUUUCGGGCGGGUAGCGACGUGUAUGAACGGCCGGGUCGUCGUACCGCGGUUUGAACCGCGCCGGAAAACGGUACGGCGACCGGCCGGCGUUCGCGAAGAACAAGGAGAUGAACGUUACCGGCGUUUUUCGGCCCGCGGUACGGACGCACGGUCGGCCGCCGAGAGGCGCGCGCCCGCUGCACCAGAGCGCCCCGGGAGUCCUGAAUAG